AUGUAUCCCCAAUUCCCUGCGCGGCGUUCGACCGUGCACGUCGCGCUGUUUGUGGACGUGCGCAACGCGGCGGAGGUGCGCGCGCGGAUCGUGAAGGCGGCGGGCAUGGUCGGUGCGGAGGGCGACGAGGAGCGGGAGGCGGUCAACUUUGCGUUCGUCGACGCGCGGCUGAUCACCAGCGUGCUUCACCUCCGAACGGCGAUCUACCAAGCCGUCCUCGCCGAACUGCAGGGCGCGCUGCGAACGAAGACGGUGCAUUCGGAGAUCCUGUGGAUACUGAACCCGAGCAACAACAUUACGGAGGCGAUCCGCCGGUACGGCGUUGGAGACGACAGCCGCGCGCUCCUGGUCGUGCGGGUGGCGGCGGCGGAGCUCAGUGCGCCGGACGUGGAGGCGAAGAUGCGAGCCGUCGUCCAGGGCGAUCUCGUGUCCCUGGAUAGGCUGCAAGAGAUCACAGACUGGGCCGCGGUGAAGAAGUACCAUAAGAUGGGCGCGGACCCGGCGGUCAAGAAGGCGGCUGACUCUGCGGCCGAGCGCGCCGUCGUGGACAACAUCGCGACGACGUCGGUAGCGAUGAAAAGCGUGGCGACGUAG